UCAGGGGCGGGACUGGAGAAGAAAGCUAACUUGACAGCAGUGCUUCUUUUUGAGCGAGUCACUGGCUCCUGCUGGAGAUGCCUGGGUGCAUAUAGCUUCAGCCGAGAGGUGGUACGCCCGCAGAUCCUCCCAGGGGCUGCCCAGGCUGCUGAGAACUGGGGAGGAGCCGCCCCAGCCAUGAGCCCCUGCGGGCAUCUGCCGAAGGGUGACUGGUCUGGAGUCCUCACGCUGCUCCAGAGGGAGAGGUGAGCAACUGGACAGCCUGUCCGCAGCCAGAGUGCCAGGAGCCCCGGGCCUGUCAUGGUGGCUGUGUGCAGCCGACCUGAGGCACUCCCAGACGGGUUUGCAGCUGAGCUUGUUGAUCUGGUGUGGGAAGAAGAUGGGGAGUUACUUGUCCGUCCCUGCGUACUUCACCUCCAGAGACCCCUUUCGAAUGCCAGGAUUCCCUCACCAAUUGGUACUAUGAGAAGGACGGGAAGCUCUACUGCCACAAGGACUACUGGGCCAAGUUUGGGGAGUUCUGCCAUGGGUGCUCCCUGCUGAUGACCGGGCCCGUCAUGGUGGCUGGUGAGUUCAAGUACCAUCCCGAGUGCUUUGCCUGUAUGAGCUGCAAGGUGAUCAUCGAGGAUGGGGACGCAUAUGCACUGGUGCAGCAUGCCUCCCUCUACUGUGGGAAAUGCCACAACGAGGUGGUGCUGGCUCCUAUGUUCGAGAGGCUCUCCACGGAGUCUGUCCAGGACCAGCUGCCCUACUCUGUCACACUCAUCUCCAUGCCAGCCACCACCGAGGGCAAGCGAGGCUUCUCCGUGUCUGUAGAAAGCGCCUGCUCCAACUAUGCCACCACUGUGCAAGUCAGAGAGGUAAACCGGAUGCAUAUCAGUUCCAACAACCGCAAUGCCAUCCACCCCGGGGACCGCAUCUUGGAAAUCAAUGGGACUCCUGUCCGUACACUUCAAGUGGAGGAGGUAAAGAACGCGAUUAGCCAGACGAGCCAGACUCUUCAACUCUUGAUUGAGCAUGACCCCGUCUCCCAACGCCUGGACCAGCUGCGGCUAGAUGCACGGCUUUCUCCCCACAUUCAGAAUGCUGGCCACUCCCCAACCCUUAACACCCUGGACACCAAGGAGAAUCUGGAAGGGACACUGAGGAGACGCUCCUUGAGGCGCAGUAACAGCAUCUCCAAGUCGCCUGGGCCCAGCUCCCCAAAGGAGCCACUGCUGCUGAGCAGGGACAUCAGCCGCUCGGAAUCGCUCCGCUGUUCCAGCAGCUACUCACAGCAGAUCUUCCGACCGUGUGACCUCAUUCACGGGGAGGUCCUGGGGAAGGGCUUCUUCGGGCAGGCCAUCAAGGUGACACACAAAGCCACAGGCAAAGUGAUGGUCAUGAAAGAGUUAAUUCGGUGUGACGAGGAGACACAGAAGACAUUUCUGACUGAGGUGAAAGUUAUGCGAAGCUUGGACCACCCCAAUGUGCUCAAGUUCAUUGGUGUACUGUACAAGGACAAGAAGCUGAACCUGCUGACCGAGUACAUCGAGGGCGGCACAUUAAAGGACUUUCUGCGAAGUGUGGACCCGUUCCCCUGGCAGCAGAAGGUCAGGUUUGCCAAAGGCAUUGCCUCCGGAAUGGCCUACCUGCACUCCAUGUGCAUCAUCCACAGGGACCUGAACUCACACAACUGCCUCAUCAAGCUGGAUAAGACUGUAGUGGUGGCUGACUUCGGGCUGUCCCGGCUCAUAGUAGAGGAGAGGAAAAAGCCCCCGGUGGAGAAGGCAACCUCCAAGAAACGCACCUUGCGCAAGAAUGACCGAAAGAAACGCUAUACCGUUGUGGGAAACCCCUACUGGAUGGCCCCUGAGAUGCUGAAUGGAAAGAGCUACGAUGAGACCGUGGAUGUCUUCUCUUUCGGGAUUGUUCUCUGUGAGAUCAUUGGGCAGGUAUAUGCAGAUCCUGAUUGCCUGCCCCGCACACUGGAUUUUGGCCUCAACGUGAAGCUCUUCUGGGAGAAGUUUGUCCCCACAGACUGUCCCCCAGCCUUCUUCCCCUUGGCUGCCAUCUGCUGCAAACUGGAGCCGGAAAGCAGACCAGCAUUCUCAAAACUGGAGGACUCCUUUGAGGCCCUGUCCUUAUACCUGGGGGAGCUGGGCAUCCCACUGCCAGCAGAGCUGGAGGAGCUGGACCACUCUGUGAGCAUUCAGUAUGGCCUGACUCGGGACUCGCCGCCCUAACCCCGGCCCAGCCCCCUGCAGAGGGGGGCGCUCCAUGGCCAGCAUUGCCCCUCUGCCCUAUCCUAUGGCUUCCUGUGGAUUGACGGCUUGUUUGGAAGCAGCACAAGCCAUCCUUACUACCUCCCCAGGAGGCGAGUGGUACAGCACCAGGGAAACCCAUCUCCACAGACUUUGGAGCCUGGUUCCUGUCUCUCAACCCAACACUCGCCUGAAAGCUGUGAAGAAAAAAGCCUGGCCAGGAGGAAUCUGUUACUUGGGACCACUUGGGAACUCCCUG